GUCGCAGGUGCUCGCUGGACGCGAUCACAGACAGGGUGAAUCAGCGCGAUGGGGACUUCAGACUCCAAACUUCACUUUAGAAAAGCUGUGAUACAGCUUACAACCAAAACACAGCCCGUGGAGGCGACUGAUGAAGUGUUCUGGGAUCAGUUUUGGGCUGACAUCGACUUGACAACACAGGAUUUUUUUGCUCUGGUUCCUGCCGCUGAGAUCCGUGCUGUAAGGGAGGAAUCACCUUCCAAUCUGGCAACCCUCUGCUAUAAGGCAGUGGAGAGACUUGUAUUGAACGCAGACUCUGGCUGUGUGUGUGAGAGAGACAGACAGACUGUACUGAGCUGCACUCGUCUGUUGACACGGAUUCUGCCAUACAUUUUUGAAGAUCCGGACUGGCGCGGAUUCUUCUGGUCUACUGUACCCAGAGCGGGCAAGAGUGAGGAUGAAAGUGAUGUUGAAUCCACACGGCCAUUGGCGGAGUCUCUGCUCACAGCUAUAGCUGAUCUGCUUUUCUGUCCAGAUUUCACCAUAGAGAGUCACUGCAAGACCAGUUCGGAUUGCGCUGGUGAUAUUCAGUCCAUAGACAGCUGUGAGUUCAUCUGGGAAGCAGGAGUCGGAUUUGCUCAGUCUCAGCCUCUUAACCACACCCACGACUCCAACAGGCUGGAGUUGUUGAAGCUGUUAUUGACAUGUUUCUCUGAAGACAUGUACGAGAAUCCAUCUGACACACACACGCUCAACCCUUGGGUCUCGUUCUUUUGCUCUAGAGAAAAUAGACAUGCUUUGCCGCUCUUCACCUCUCUUCUUAACGUGGUGUGCGCAUAUGAUCCAGUUGGGUACGGUAUCCCGUACAAUCACCUGAUGUUUUCUGACCAGCGGGGGGCGUUAGCAGAGCUGGCGCUGCAGACACUUAUCGUUUCAUUGGAGCAAGAGCUCGUCGACUCUAACGCAAACAUCAGCUCAAACCCAAGCGCAAGUACUGACACCAGCUCUGCUGAUUCCAACAAGAAAACAUCUGCUGAGGGAAGCAAGGCCACAAAAGUUGAAAACCUGUUUGUAAACUACCUGUUCCGAAUUCAUAGAGAAGAGGAUUUUCUUUUCAUCUUGCGGGGUAUCAGUCGACUGCUCAAUAAUCCUCUGAUGCAGACGUAUCUGCCUCAUUCCUGCAAGAAGAUCCAGUUUCACCAAGAGCUGCUGGUGCUCUUCUGGAAACUCUGUGACCUCAACAAGAAGUUCUUGUUCUACGUGUUGAAGAGCAGUGAUGUGCUGGAGAUUCUGGUGCCGAUUCUGUUCUAUCUGAACGACGCCCGAGCCAAUCAGUCAUGUGUGGGACUGUUGCAUAUCAGCGUGUUUAUCUUGUUGCUGCUUAGUGGAGAGAGGAAUUUCGGGGUGCGUCUGAAUAAGCCGUAUACUAUGCAUGUGCCAAUGGACAUCGCAGUGUUUGCUGGGACUCACGCUGACCUGCUGAUAGUGGUUUUCCAUAAGAUAAUCACCAGUGGAAAUCAGCGACUGCAGCCCCUUUAUGACUGUCUGCUCACUAUCAUAGUCAAUGUGUCUCCUUACUUGAAGAGUCUGUCUAUGGUAGCUGCCAACAAACUACUACACCUGCUGGAAGUGUUCUCCAACAGCUGGUUUCUGUUCUGCUCACCAGUGAACCAUCACCUGGUUUUCUUUUUGCUAGAAGUUUUUAACAACAUCAUUCAGUACCAGUUUGAUGGUAACUUUAACUUGGUGUACGGCAUCAUCCGCAAGCGCAGCCUUUUUCACCAGCUGGCUAACCUGCCGACAGACAUCAACUCGAUACAGAAAGCCCUGCAGAGAAAGACCCGGAGCAACAGCACUCAUAAUGCUGCCUUUAUGGAGAUCAACAUCCCCUAUAGCGCCGCCUCCAGUGAGGGACCGUAUAAAACCGCACUGGUCCAGAAGGGCACUCUGAAUGCAAGCUUAAAGGCGACUCCAUGCAUCGAUAAAGUAACAGAAAAGUCACAGGUUUCUGAGGACGGAAACACAGUGUUACUGCAACCCAGUGACACUGCUCAAAGCCAAUCAGAUCGCAGCUCUGAAACGGGAGUCAAAGACACUGAGCAGACCUCAGGUGGAGAUGACAAGUCUUUAAACGGGGAUUGUGAUGCAAGACGAAAGAGUGUGUCCUCUUUGUCAGACUGGUCUCCUUCUCCAGACUGGGUCCUUUCCUGGAAGAGUAAACUUCCUCUGCAGACCAUAUUGAGACUCCUGCAGGUGCUCGUGCCACAGGUGGAGAAAAUCUGCAUAGACAAAGGUCUGACAGAUGAAUCGGAGAUCUUGAAGUUUCUACAACACGGAACUCUGGUGGGUUUGCUGCCGGUUCCUCAUCCCAUCCUCAUCCGCAAGUACCAGGCCAACGAGAGCACGGCUCUGUGGUUCCGCACAUACAUGUGGGGCGUCAUCUACUUACGUAACGUGGAUCCUCCUGUGUGGUACGACACUGACGUCAAACUCUUCGAGAUUGAGAGAGUUUAAUGACUGAUGACUAUCAACUCAACAGAUCUGACUCCAUUCCUCCCAAAACAUCCUGAAGAUUUCAAAAAGAUAAAUUCAGCAAAUAUCAUUCAAUAAAGUCCAAGUUUUCAUUUGUAUUUUAUUUUUCAGACGUGAAUAUAUCCAUUUAAACUAUUCUUGAAUUUAGUCAAAAUGCUCAUGUCCAUUUUGUUUCCUGUUGUGGGUCAGCCAAUGAGAGUUGAGACGUAAGCCCAUGAGCAGUGAGAGCAUUGUGUGUUUAUUUGUUUUAUGUUAUUUUUACUUGUGAGAGCGCUUUGUGUGUGUGAACAGGUGUAAAUGAACUCUGUAUAUAAACUUCAAGAGAGACUCUGAAUUGUAAUGAAACAAAAACCUUAAUGAUAAAGUCUGAAAAUCUUUUGUGAAUGCUGCUCGUACAGUUUUUAUAGUUUUCUAUCUUUCCAAAAGUCUAAACAUUCUUAAAACAAGAUACAUUUACUUGUUAAGCCAAAAGUAAAAUCAGUUAACAUAAGACGUCUAAGAGAAUACUGUGUAUAUUGAAUUUAGAAAAUAUUAAGAGUUGAAAAAUCUAUAGUUUUAUAUGUAAAGUUAACUAUGUGUG